AUUGCAACUUCAGCCCAUCAAGCUUCAACCUUGCAUAAUCAAACAAAAAUUCUCAUACACGCAGCCCCAAGUUACCGCCUACUCCCCCUACCUUGUUGGAGAAGAUAAUCCGAUUUUAAUCACUGCCUGCUCAUUGUUUGUUGGACAAAGGGGUAUCUUGCAACUUGUGGAGAAAUGGAUGACAAUUCUUCUGAUGCUGGAAGUGAUAAUGUUGACUGGAAUACUGAAGAUGAGCUUGAGAUAGCGGAUAUAUCAUCACCUUCCUCAUUUUCCAUGAGUACCACUGGUAAUGCAGCAGGAGUUACAACUGAAGUUGGGGAGUCAACUUCUUCUAGCAGUCAUCCCUCUAAGAUUGUUAAUGACUUUCUCAAAAUGGGAUUUCCGGAAGCAAUGGUGACUAAAGUCAUAAGUGAACUUGGAGAAAAUAAUACGGAGGCGAUACUUGACACGUUACUUACAUAUUCUGUUGUUGAUGACAUUCCCGAGCAAGAAACUAGAUCCAACGAUCGAAAUAUAAUCCCUCAAAGCAAUUUCGAGAGGGAGUUCUUCUCUGAUCUCGAUAGCGAUUUUAGUGAUGAAGACGACAGUGCUGAGUCUUUUGAAAAAGAUGACCCGGUGGUGAGUCUGAUUGAUAUGGGGUACUCACCUAAUGAAGCUUCAGCUGCGGUUAGCAGAUGUGGAAUAGAUGCACCGUUGUCGGAGCUGGUAGAUUUCAUCAGUGCAGCUCAUUUAUCAAAGGAAGCCGACGCUGAAAUGGACAAACUGUAUUUCAGCUCGCAUCCAUUGCAAAAGGACAAGAAAAGGAAGCUACCAAAAGAAAAAAGUCAUAGUAUAAAAAGGUAUCCCAAAAUCGAGAGAAAAAGAAGGGACGAUGACGAUGACGCCCUCCACCUUCCAAACCCGAUGAUCGGGUUCGGUGUUCCUCGAGAAUCGUUUCAAGUGGUUUCCAGAACCCUUCGAAGAGAAGCUAUUGGCCCGCCAUAUUUUCUCUAUGAAAAUGUAGCUCUUACACCAAAAGGCGUUUGGAACACGAUUAAAAGUCAUCUGUACGAAAUCGAGCCCGAAUUCGUGGAUUCUAAAUUCUUCUGUGCUGCAGCAAGAAAAAGAGGUUACAUUCAUAACCUUCCAUUAAACGAUAGGUUCCCGAUUCAGCCAUUACCUCCGCGAUCUAUCUUUCAAGCUCUGCCGGCAACCGAAAAAUGGUGGCCGUCUUGGGACGACAGAGAACAGUUGAAUUGCAUACUGACAUGUGUAGGAAGUGCUCAACUAACAGAUAGGAUUCGAACUGCCCUUGAAAAAUAUGACGGUGUGCCGGAUAAGCAUGUUAAGAAAUAUGUCAUGGGUCAAGUCAAGAAAUGGAACCUGGUCUGGACCGGGAAGAAUAAGGUUGCACCCCUUGAGCCUGAUGAGAUUGAGCUCAUAAUGGGCUACCCACUCUAUCAUACAAGAGGUUAUUCAAGAUCUGAAAGAUAUAAAGGACUCGGGAAUGCAUUUCAGGUUGAUACAGUUGCUUACCAGCUAUCUGUACUAAAGAGUUUGUACCCAGAGGGUAUGAACGUUCUUUCGCUUUUCUCUGGGAUCGGUGGGGCUGAAGUUGCACUGCACAAGCUCGGGAUUCCAAUGAAGAAUGUAGUCUCUGUUGAGAAAUCGAAUGUGUGCAGACGCAUUAUCGAAGGCUGGUGGGAGCAAACUAACCAAGAAGGAAAAUUGAUUCACGUAUCAGAUGUGCGAGAGGUGACAGAUGGGAAAUUAGAGGGGUGGAUUAGGUCUUUUGGUGGGUUUGAUCUUGUGAUUGGGGGGAGCCCAUGCAACAACCUUGCUGGUGGCAAUAGGCGGACACGUGAUGGGCUUGAAGGUGAACACUCUUCUCUUUUUUUUGACUAUGUCCGUAUCCUCGACACGGUGAAAAUUAUUAUGGGUACGACUUAGACGACGUUGGGUUAUUGAUUCUCAUCUUUGUUUUUUAUGAACAAGUUCCACUAUCAUAUCUCUUAAUAUAUGGAAGGAAGCAAGACUCCAUGAUGGAUAUUAAAUGUUGAAAAUGAAUGAACACUACUUGGGUUGUUGAA